AUGGCCGUUGGAAUAGUAGAUGAGCCCGAAGAACCCCCGCCGGCGAUGGCUCAUGAAAUCGUCGAGUGGAGCCCCUCGCAAGGCUGGCUAGCCCUGGCUUCCUACGGUGGAGGCGCGGCUCAAAUCAACUUUUUCACGAGUGGCGGUCAAAAAACGGAGGGAGUUCCAUUAGCUCGAACUUGUCGAGCUACAGUUAUUGAAUGGCAUCCCACAGAGCCGAUUUUGGCUGUAGGAUGGGAAGAUGGAGCGCUGACGGCGACGACACCAAGCAGGGCACCUGAAGAGACGCUUAUUGAUCUAAAUCUAUCCGAAAUUGUGUGUCUACGAUUCAGCUGUGAUGGAGCGCAUCUUUGUGUUGUUGAUUCGAAUGGACUUUCUCGAAAAGGAGAUGCAAAUUCCUGGAAGGGUGUAUUCUUUCUGGGAGCAGCAAGUGGUGAUAUUUACGCCUUAGCUGCUGCCGAGCCGAUGAAGACUACUAUCAACAUAAUUUCCUCUGUAGCACAGCUGUAUUCUGUGGAGACCAAAUCGAUGCUAAUUGCGCUUGGCGAUGAUAUGAUUGUCUGGGACCUAUUCUCUGAAGAAAACUUCACGCUAGCUCUUGCUCAACAGCAAGGAUUUGAUUCUAACGACAACACGAGCUGCGUUACGUAUUCUAGAAGAAAAGGCAUGAUCUCGGCCGGAACUUGCACCGGAAAAGUAGCAACUUGGCGAAAGAGGAGUGGAGGCCAAACUGGUGUUGAUGGGUGGAAGCUACAAGGAGCUGUGAUUUUGGGACCUCAAAUUGUUGAUCUAAAAUGGUGUCCAACUUCUGCGGCUCUAGCUGUCAAUACCGGAGCGGAUAUUACGAUUUUGCAGGAAGACCAUAAUAUUGUGCAUUUUCACAAUAAGGUCGCCGGGAUGCAAUUAGGGCAAAAUCAUUUUACUUUAAUUCACGUACUAACUGGAACCGCUCAAGAGUUGAAGCUACCAUUCCUUGGAAAAGGGAUCCACAUUGCUGAGAAGCAAUUAGUCGUCUGGAGUGAUGACACUGUAAAUACAUAUGAUGUUCAAACAUCCCUCGCAACUUUUCAAGCAUCUUCUUUUCAAUGUAGUGCACAGGUCAUUGGAAUGGCCAAUCAAGCUCUCUAUUGUUUAGAAAGAGAUAAGAUAAAUGUGAGAACACUGCAGGGAACCUUAAAACAAGUUAUGUCACUCCCAGAAAUGGAGGGUGAUCCUGUCAGUAUCGAUGUGAAUGGGAUUUGGAUGGCUGUCGGAUCGACAAAUGGUUUUGUGAGGAUUUACGACUUGAGGGGACGAGAAGCAAAACAAGAAUACCAUGCAAAAUACGUCGUCGAAAAUGUGGCCGAUUUCUUUCGAUUUACACAAGUGAAAGUGAAUGCAACGGGUACAAAAGUGGCAUGUACUUUUUUGGAGACAAUGAACGAGCUUUCCGAUAAAGUAUUGAUCUGGGAUGCAGAAGCGGAUACUGUUGGCUAUUUUUCGCUUUAUAAGGGAAUGACCGACCAACAAGAAUACGAGGCAGAAGCGGAAGCCAGCUUGGGUGGAGCUCGCCCACAAACAGCAGCUGCUAGAAAAAUGGAAAAAGAAAAGAUGCGGUUCAGCAUGCCAUGCCAUAAGCCUGGUCAGAUCCAUUGGGACGCCAGUGACUCCAGAUUCUUAGUCACUGAAGCUAUUUACCAGAAUCCGGAAUUGGGAGAUAAUUUCGUGAUCUCCAUGUUUGCCACAGCCGAGCAUGGCAUACAAAUGCAUGAUGUUCAACAGAAAAGUCUUCAGUGUGAUGCGCUAAUGGGAGUCCAAGUCCCGUUUAUGUUUUUUAUUAAGAAAAGUGAAUAUGAGGAAGAAGAAGUUAGACACGAGAAAACUGUUGGAAGGAUGCUAAUUGCAAGGACGAUGAAAGAAUUUGCCGACGUUGCUUCACUCUGUCUUGGCCAUAUGGGACUUGCUAGGGCUGCUAGAGCUCUGCGACGAUCCCAGCGCCAAGGCGACCCUCCAGAAGUACAGUGCGCUACGCUAGCGAUUCAGAUUGGAAUGAUUGAUGAAGCUCAAGCUCUCUACGCAUCUGCUGGUAGAUACGAUCUUCUGAAUAAAAUGCUGCAGGCACAAAAUGCUUGGGCUCCGGCCUUUGAAAUUGCUGACAAAAAGGAUCGAAUCCAUUUGAGGCAUACUCACUAUAACUACGCGACUUAUCUAGAAUCUGUUGGAGCGAUCGAAGCUGCUGUGGAACACUAUGAAAAAUCCGGAACCAACCACUUUGAAGUCCCUCGAAUGUAUGGGGAUAAUCCAAAAGUACUAGAAAAUUAUGUACGUCGGAAACGGGAUGUGGAGCUCCAACGCUGGUGGGCCCGUUAUUUGGAAAGUAUCGGAGAGCUUGAUGGGGCCAUGAAUUUCUAUGCGGUGGCCGGGGAUCAUUUAUCGGUUGUUAGGAUCAAGUCGUUACAAGGGAAGAACACUGAGGCAGCCAAAAUCGCCUCAGAUUCCAACGACAGAGCUGCUUGUUAUCAUAUGGGAAGGACUUAUGAAGCUGACGGCCAAUUCGAACAGUCUGUGGAUUUCUACACCAACGCCCACGCGUUUAGCAGUGCUAUUCGUUUAGCAAGGGAGCACGACAUGCGAGACAAACUGGCAAAUCUGUCCCUAAUGGCUGGUGGCACGGAUUUGAUCGAAACUGCAAAAUAUUAUGAAGAUCUUCCCGGUCAUGCUCAUCGAGCUGUAAUGUUGUAUCACAAGGCUGGUAUGGUUGGGCGAGCAUUGGAUUUAGCAUUCAGGACCGAGCAAUUUUCGGCUUUGGACCUUAUCACUAAGGACCUGAAUACCGACACCGAUUCGAGCACCCUCAAGCGCGCUGCUGAAUUUUUCGCUAGCAAUCAAAACUUUGAGAAAGCGGUGGAAUUACUGUGCUUUGCAAAAGAGUUCCAAGAUGCGAUCAAUAUGUGCUCGAGAAGAAAUGUGAGGAUGAGCGAGAGGCUAGCUGAACUCAUGACACCCACAAAAGAAAACACCCCGGAUUUGAAUGCGAGGAAGAGGAUGCUCGAAAGCGUCGCAGAACUUUGCUUAAAUCAAGGACAGUACGCGUUCGCUGCCAAAAAAUAUACUCAGGCUGGCGAUAAAGAAAGUGCAAUGCGAGCCUUAAUAAAAUCCGGCGAUGCGGCGAAAGUUCGAUUUUUCGCAACGACCGCAAGAUCAAAGGGGAUCUAUAUUCUUGCAGCAAAUUUUCUACAGACAACCGAUUGGCGCGGUGAUGCAGAUAUUAUGCGUGAUAUUGAGAAUUUCUACGGUAAAGCCCAAUCACAAGAACACUUGGCAAAUUUUUACAUAGCUUGUGCGCAGAUGGAAAUCGAGGACUAUCGAGAUUUUGGGAAAGCUGGCGAUGCAUUGGGAGAAGCGGAAAAGAGCAUAAACGUCGGGCUUCAAAAAGCUCCAAACGCCGCGCUACAAGAGUUGCAAAAUACGACCCGGAAAUUCAGGGGCCAACUGGAAAAGUUCCAGACUAUUAAGGGAGUCUACGAAACCGAUACAACAGACGCUGUGCGACAACUGACAACUUUGGCAGAAGAUGCGACAGAAGAUGACUUGAUCCGGCCUUCUCACAUAUUUUCAUUGUUAAUCGGACAUCACGCUGGCAAGCAGAGCUGGACAGCUGCCCAUCGGUGUAUAUUACAACUUAAAAAGCAGCAACCUAACCUUGAUCUCACUACCGUAGUCCCGGAAGAUGUUUUGGAUAAGGUUUGUGAUGAAGUAGGCGCAGAACGGGUAACAGCUAAAGCCGGUCCAACUGGCGCGGAAUCUGAUGACGAUGGCGAGCAAAUCGAAUUUUCUCAUGCUAUGCAAAGGCGGAAUCGU